AUGUCAAUCAAAGACCCCUAUAUUGAACCAGGAGAUACAAUGGGUAUGAUUGCCCCAUCAAUGGUUACUUCCCCAAUGAGAAAUAAACAACAACAACAACAACCCACAUUUGGAUCACCUUCAACAAUAACCGCUGGGAAAUUUUUAUUAGAUCCAUUGAAUCAACAACUGCCAUUAGAUAUCCUAUCAUCCUCAACUCCUUCUAGUGCCCAUGGUAAUCCCAAAAAUGAUGACGAAAAUGAUUUAUUAGAAUUAUCGUUUGAUCCAUCAGUGGUUGAUCGUGAAUAUACAUUUGAUGUUGAAUCUGAUCAUUCUCAUACUUCAGAAGUUGAAAGAACAAUAUUACAAUCACAUAUCAUAGAAGUCAAAGUCCCAGAAUCGAAACAAAGUCUUUCUGCUGAAAUGAAUGUUGCCCAGAUUACGUCGUCUUCAUCUUCGUCGGCUACUUCAUUAGCUAAUGCUAGUGGAGUAUUGUUUGGAAUUCCUGAUUCGGCAUUAUUAAGAAAUCAUCAAGGUCACCAGAGGAAAAAGAGUACGGCUGAUGUGCUUUCGGAUGAUGAUGGACUUGAAUAUGAAACGGCAUCUACUACUGCUCUUAGCACUAUUGUUAGACGAGAAUCUUCACCUCAACCUGAACCACCUACUGUUGUUGGAGAUGAUAAUGAGAAAUUAGGUAUUGAAACUGUGAUUGAGAUCAAGACCCCUGAUGAACAAGUGCAACCACCACCUGAAUCGGCGGAAAUUUUGGCUACUGCAUUUUCCAAAUUGACAGAUACUAAUAUUAAUGAAGAAGCUGGAGAUUGUGAAAUUAAUACUAAUCCUGUUGUUACAGAACUUCAAACGGAACCAAAGAUGAAAGUAUUUAAAAUUCAAUCCCCGAAUAGAAAUCACCAAGAUGGGAAUGGACCAAUUAUUGAAAAAAGUCCAUUAGAAUCUGAGCUACCUACCAAGAAUAGUUGGAUUUUACAAGAUUAUGAACAAUUGUUUGGAUAUGACAAGAAUUUCCAUUCGGAGAUCAAUCUUGCGAAAUCAUUAAGAUUUAUUGAUGAACAUAAUGAUAAAAUCCCCGAUUUGAGUCAAGAAUCAAUUAUUUAUCUUUCUACGAGAAUAGUUAAUCCGGGGAAAGUAUUAAGUCUUUAUUUUGAUUCAAAAUUCAACUUACGAGAUUUAUCCACUCCCCCCACAAAGAAGAUUAUUUAUAUUGAUUUAUUAUUGAAUAAUAAUGGAUGUAAUAUAUUAUUACAAAUUUUGAAAUAUUUCAAUGAAAAUCACCAUGGAGCUAUUAAAAAGACCCAAGAGAUCCAUAUUAGAAUCCUGGCAUCUUGCAUUGAACAAAUGAAUUUCGUGCUUGAAAGUCUUAUGGAAUUAGAAUCAUUUUAUCAUCAAGUAAAGACUCUUGGAUUAUUUAUUGGAUUACAUACUUUUCAUGAACAAGAUUGUUUUUAUGUUAUUGAUAAAGCCAUGGAUAAUAAUUCUCAGAAAUUUAAAUUACCUACAGGAUUAAAGAAAUUAUGUUUAUCUGGGUUUGAAUUGACUGAUUUUAUUCAAUUGCCGAUGUCACUUGAACUGAUUAGUUUACAUAAUAUUUGUUCUUUAAAUUUUAGUAAAUUUAAUUUACUUAAAAAGUUAUCUAGUCUUCAUAUUAGUGGUAAUGAUGGUCAUAAAAUCAAUUUAUUUGGACGAGUAUCAAAUCUUCCUGUGGGAUUUGCCGAUCUUAAAGAAAUCAAAUUUGAUAGUUCACUUCUGGUUAUAAAUCCCAAUUUUGGGAAAUUUCAACAAUUAACUCAAUUAGGAUUUCAAAAUUUAGAUUUUGCCACCACGAGACAAUUAAAAUUUCCUAAUGGAUUAAAAAAAUUAGAAUUUAUAAAUUGUCAAAUUAGUUCACAUAUGUCGGCAAUACCUGAUUCUUUAAAGAGUUUGAUUAUUAUUGGUGGGAAAUGGAGUCCUCAACGAAAUCCAAAUUUAACCAGAUUAUUAAGUUUGAAAAUUAUUGAUGUUGAUGUUAAAGAUUUGACGGAAAAAUUGAUGGCUGCAAAGAAUUUAUUUCAUUUAGAAGUUUCAGGGGCAUAUUUAUUAAAUAUUGAAAAAUUGAAAUUAUCAACAAAAUUGAAAUAUCUUAAAUUGGUCAAAGUUAAUUUAGAAGAUUUUGAUUUAGGUAAGAAGUUACCUACAUGUUUGGAGACUAUUUAUUUGGAUAAUAAUAAUUUAAAUUCAAUUAAUGAAUUACCAUUACUUAAGAAAUGUAAAUCAUUACGAGUAUCUAAUAAUAAUAUUUAUGGGAAAGUUGAUUUAAAACAACAAGAUUCUAUUGAAGAAGUGAAUUUCCAUGGAAAUGAAACAUUAAUGGGGAUUGAAGUUUCGUCAACUACAAAAUUUUUGAAUUGUUCAGGUAGUAAAGUUCAUGAAUUAAUUGGACAUAAUCUUACAAAACUUAUUUUGAAUGGAUGUACAUUAAUUGAUUGGGAAACAUUUCAAAUUCCAUCGUUGGUUAGUCAAUUAAGUGUACAAAAUUGUGAAUUAUUAAAAUUUGAAUGUAAGACCCAAGGUGAUAAUCAAUUUCUUAAGAUGUUUGAUUUAUCUCAUAAUUGUAUCGAGAAAUUUGAUUUAAGUAAUUUUAUUAAACUUGAAGAUAUUGAUUUAUCAUAUAAUAAACUACUGCAAAUUUCACAACAAUCAUUUUUUUCACCAAAUAAUUCCAAUAUCAAAUCUAUAAAUGUUAAAGAUAAUCAGAUUCAUCUGGUUGAAUUGAAUGAAUUGACAAAUCUUGAAUGGUUACAAUUGGCAGAUAAUGAAUUAACUGAUUUGAAUAGUGUGAAAUUACCUUCAAGUUUACUUACACUUAUAUUGAAUGAUAAUAAUUUAUGUCAAGUUAAUGAAGGGUUUGUAUUAUCGGAAAAAUUAUGUCAUUUAGAAAUGAGUAGAUGUAAAUUAACUCAGUUUAUUCAAAUAUUACCAAAAUCAAUGUUAUCACUUUGUUUAAGUUGUAAUAAAUUACAUUCUAAAUCAUUUUCAAUUAGAAUUGGUAAUAAUGGAAAGGGGAAUUUAAAAUUAUUAGAUUUGAAUAAUAAUUUAUUUAAAUCAAUUGAUUUGGAUAUGUUUAAACGAUUAAAUAUGUCAGAAAUUAAUUUAACUAGAAAUAUGUUUGAUGUUAUUCCAAUUCAUUGUCCUGAGAAUAUAUUAAGUGUUUUAUUUGAUAGAUCAUAUGAGGCUGGGAAUACUAGUUUCUGA